CCCGCUCCGCGCUCAGCCGGGACCUCGCGCACGGUCCCGCGCCUAAUUAAAUUAAUUAGGGCGCAGCGCGCGGCGGGCGGGCGGUGCCGUGGCCGCAGUGCCCCGCGGCGGGCGGGCGGCCGGCGAGCACGGGAGGAAGGAAGGGAGGAAGGAAGGGGUCCAUUCAGAGCUCCGAGGGGAGGUAAUUCGCCGGGAACAAGGGGCCGGCUUUGCAAAGUAUAAAUAGUGCCACUUCAAUCGCGGCGUCGCUAUCAGACCCCGGGAGCCCUGCACGUCGGGCGGCACGGCCCGGCCCGGCUCGGCACGGCCCGGGGCGCCGCCGCCGCCGCCUCCCCGCCCCGUGGAUGCCCGCCCGGGGAGCCGGGGCAGCGCGCCCCUGAGCCAUGGAGGAGCUGACGGCGUUCGUCUCCAAGUCGUUUGAUCCCAAAGCCAAGGAGAAGAAGGAGCUGAUCACCUACCGCGAGGUGCUGGAGAGCGGGCCCCUGCGCGGCGGCGGCGGCGGCCCGCGGGAGCCCGGCGGGGCGGCGGCACCGGAGCCGGGCCGGGAGGACACGGGCAGCCCCGCGGCGCGGCCGGCCGGGCGCUCCCCGCCGCGGGAGCCCGACGCCGCCGCCGAGAGAGCGGCCGAGGCGGCCACCCCCAAGCUCAGCGACGUGUCCCCAGAGCUGAAGGAGCGCAAGGAGGAUGCGAAAGCGAUGGAAGACGAAGGGCAGACGAAAAUCAAGCAGAGGAGGAGCCGGACGAAUUUCACCCUGGAGCAGCUGAACGAGCUGGAAAGGCUUUUCGACGAGACGCACUACCCGGACGCGUUCAUGCGGGAGGAGCUGAGCCAGCGGCUGGGGCUCUCCGAGGCCAGGGUGCAGGUUUGGUUCCAGAACCGCCGGGCCAAGUGCCGCAAGCAGGAGAACCAGCUGCACAAAGGUGCAGGCGCAGCUGCAGCUGGACAGCGCCGUGGCCCACGCGCACCAUCACCUGCACCCGCACCUGGCCCACGCCCCCUACAUGAUGUUCCCCGCGCCGCCCUUCGGGCUCCCGCUCGCCACCCUGGCCGAGUCCGCCUCCGCCGCCUCCGUGGUGGCCGCGGCCGCCGCCGCCAAGACCACCAGCAAGAACUCCAGCAUCGCCGACCUGCGCCUCAAGGCCAAGAAACACGCCGCCGCCCUCGGGCUGUGACCGCGACGCCGCCGCUGCUGCUGCUGCUUUAUUAUUAUUAUUUUUUUUUUCCACAAAAAAAAAAAAAAAAGGGGAAAAAAAAAAGAGUUAAAAAGAAUAAAAGGAAAAAGAAACGAGGGAGAGGAGAAACGGACGGGAGAUAUAUACUUAUUUAAGGAAUUAGAGGACGCGCAGCUGGGAAGUUCACAGGUUUUGAAACUGACCUUUUUCUGCGAAGUUCACUUUAAUACGAGAAAUUUGAUAAGAGAGGCGGGCCUCCUUUCACGUUGCAUCAGGUACUUGAGUUUAACAACCACGUCUGGAAUAGCGACAAAAAAAAAAGGAAAAAAAAAGGAAAAUAAAAAAAGAAAGAAAGACUACGACGAACAGAAACAAAAAAAAGGGGAAAAAAAAAAAGACAAUGAUUUCUCUGCGAAUUUCUAAUGGGAAACUGUCCGGGAUACUUCCUCCAGCAGCAUUCCGGGUUGCAUGUAUUUGUAUUUCAUUGAUGGAGUCCUUUGAUUCACUUGCACUUCACCCUCAUCUUUAGUAGAAAAAAAAAACCGAGACAACCACAAAAGCAAACAAACAAACGUGGCUGGGUUCUUUCUCCUUUAAUCUUGGAGGGAAGCAGGCAGAGAGAGGCAGAUCAAGCGCUACCUCUCCCACUCUCAAAUCUUUGUUGGUCGUUUGCUGUCCCACCUCUGAAAUAAAAGGGAGCGGAAAGCGCCAGGAGAGCGGAGUUCGCCUCCCUUUGCCGGGUCUCUCCUGUCCUGAGGGCAAAAGUAAAUGGGGAAAAAAAAAAAAAGGAAAAGGAAAAAAAAAAAAAGAGUAUUUAAUUCCCAACCACUACUUGACACCACGGCAAUUUCCAAUAAGAGGUACUGGGUACAUGUAAAAUAUGUUGAUACACACGAACAAAGUUUAUUUUGGCUAUAACUUGUGAAUUGAUAGUUGACUGUCAAACAUUUACAUUUUAUCUCAUAAAGGUGUAUCUAUUCACGUAACCUUGUGAUUUUUUGGUUAUUAUUAUUAUUAUUUGAGAGACGUAUAGCUAUUUAACCUGGGGUACCCUGCAGUCAGUGAUUGUUAUCCCAGAUUUCGCCAUCUGACCCUCAUGCUUAUUGCCAAGACAGAGGGAAAGCUCUUCUACGCGAACUUUGGUAUGGACGGGCUUUGUAUCUAUUUGUUCUCCAUGAAAACAAAAUUAUUUAUAUUGACCAUAUUUUUUCUAGUGUAUUUUAAGUUAUUUAAAAAAGAAAAAAGAGAAAAAAAAAGAAA